AUGUUGCAGAUAAAUAUUGUUAACAACAUAAAAAUUCUUACAAUAUCUGUGACAGAGUUUGACCUUGAAUACGGCCUUGACCAUUUUGAAGUGUGGAUAGGUGGCGCCACUGUGGAGGAGAGUCGAUGUCUUACUCGAUUAACAGGAAAUUUAUCACAGAUACCUCAGUCAUUCUCUAGUUCCAACAAUUUCCUAAUCUUUCGUUUCCUGUCCGACAGUUCUAACCAGGAAAAUGGAAGCUUUAGCCUUUCCUGGUAUACUGAGUACAGAUGUGAACUAUCUCUACUUGAGAACAUGAGGGAGACUGAGGGUCAGACAGUGGGUGUCACACCCAUCCCCGGGGGUGGGGAUGUUGGAUAUUGUGUUGGCCGAUGUGAGGAGAGUAUCAACUGUAUGGGGGUGAGAUACAUCCCUGGGGAUGGGGUGUGUUACCUUUUGUCGGAGGUCGCCAUACCUGUACAGGAACCUGGAACCCAUCUGUAUGUCAAGUCCUGUCCAUGGUCCACUGGAUACCCAGGAAUACAUAUACACAAAGCUUUUGAAGCAAAAGAGAAAUGA